AGCUAUUACAAAAUCUCACUUAGGUAUUACAAAAUAACAAUAUUGACAUGGAGUAAUAUAAGCCUGAUAAUAUAGUUAUAUAGCCGUCUGUCUUCGGUUAUCGAAAGAAUAUAUUGAUAAAACCAUGGUUUGGCGUCCAUUUGUACGACAUUUGACCCAGUCCAGUGUCCGUCUAAAUGACCAGUGUGGGAGACUCAACAGUACGUGGACAGUGGGUAUCCUUGUCCUGUUUGCAGUGUUGACGUAUGGUUUUCAGUUUUCGCAGGACGAUUUAGUUUCGUGUUGGACACCACAACAAUUCACACAUCAAAUGGUUGCAUAUACCAACAGAAUUUGUUCUGAUACCAGUACCUAUUACGUGCCUAUGUUCGAGGAUAUUCCUAUUAGACCACAUUUAAGGGAAACAAAAGUAUCUUCAAAAGAGUUCAAAUGGCGAUGGCUUCCUCUCAUCCUCCUCAUACAGGCACUGCUGUUCAAACUUCCGGAUCUUGUCCUAUCGGUAGGACAGGGCCUAGUGGGAUUCAGAUUUACAAAGAUAUCAGGACUUACAGAUGGCUACGAGACACUUAAUAUGGCCGACCGAGCCCAAAUGGGGAGACAAGUUGGACGGUACAUGAAGAGCUGGAUUGACUCCACUGUAUUGAAAGGUUGUCCAUGGGGAUGGCUAACAUUGCUAUUUCUGUUCACGAAACUUUUGUACUUCAUCAACAUCGUCACACAAGUAUCUGUUAUGAAUGGCCUUCUGAAAUCUGAAAACCACUCUUCUUUUGGAAAACAGGUACUGAAUGAUAUCGUUGGCAAUGAAACGGUCGAAUGGCAUUCGUUUGAUUCUUCACCUGACCACAUAAUAAUGUGUGAUUUUCAAAUCCGAUUAAUGAGCAACGUACAAAGAUAUACAGUACAGUGUGUCCUCAGUAACACAGAUAAUAUCAUGCACUACUACAAGAUGAUGUUGAGUUUCCUAUGGCUGUGGUUAGUAGGGGUAACAGUUAUAACCACGAUCAGUGGUGUAAUACAGCUACUUACAGUCCUGGUGCCAGUCUUUAGGAAACGAUAUAUCAAGAGUUACCUGUAUAUGUCAAAGGAAGUGUCCCCAUCUCCAUCAGACAACGAUAUUAGCCGAUUUGCGGGGUCAGAAAUAACAGAAGACGGUGUGUUCAUAUUGAAAGCGAUUGGGGAGGCAUCUUCUGAACACCUGGUCAGGGACGCGGUCAUCUACCUGUGGCAUUCCACACAUGAUCAACACAGCUCUGUUCCUCAGGGACCACCAGAACACGGUGGUCCUCCACCGUACUUAACCCAGGGGCCGUAUGUACCGGGUCAGACCUACGGGCCAGGAGGGACAGUAUUAUCUCCUCCUCCAACGGCUCCUCAACAGGUUAGAUACCGACCUCAGACGGGUACUGAGGCUGUCCCGCUAAUGCCUAAUCCGCCAAUGUAAAAUACGAGUGUUACAGUUUCGUAGAGACAAACCAUAGCUUGCUUAACGCGAAUAAAGUAAUCAUAAAUGUUGUUGUUAAUAAUAUUGAUACUAAGUCAUUUUAAUCAAUCCAAGUGUUAUGGUGUAGUCAAGGUUGUAUGAGUGUGUAACCAGUACUACAUAGCCAAUGAAUAAAAGUUACCAGUACAAAAACAUUCAAUCUCUUCUACCCAGAACUUAAUAACACAAUGACUGAAAAAAAUACUCCAUAAAUUGGCACACAAAGGAUCAAAAUAAUUACCAAGUAACAAGGUACUAUGCAUAAAACGACAAAACCAAAAAACAGUUGUGUGAAUAUAAUGUACCACGUGGUUCUAAGUUUCUCAGACUGUUAUCCAAUUCGAAUAGUGUUUAAACAUCAAUAAUCGUUAAAAUUUGUAUUGGAAUUCCCGAAUGAUAUAUUUGACGGUACAAUAUAUAAUACAUUCAGGCCAGAGGGGUAUAGAAAGCUGAUGGAUGCAUUAAAUCAAGGAGAAAGGAGAUAAUUACAGUUCUAUAUUCCAGCAUAUGUCUGAAAUGAGAUAAUCUUGAAAUUGUGAUUCCAAUAUUGACUUCCGUUUUUGUUUCAUUUCGAACCUGACUCGGAAAAUACGAAUUGUUUACAAAAUAUUAUAUUUCUUUCACUUAUUAGCACUGCUGAAUAUUUGUAUUCUUACUGAAUCUCAAACAAAUUCGCCAUUUUUUUCAAACAUUUGGUAUACAUUUUAAAACAAUUGAAUAUAUAUUAUGUACUACAGUAUACAAAGUACAUGACUAUAAAAUACUGUUGUUUGCCUUUUGUGAUUUUAUCACGAAAUGUGUAUGUUUUGUAAAUAUCUACAAUGUUUUGCUAACAAUACUGUGCAUGUACAUGAAUGUUUUAUAUUUAAUUGAUAAAAUAAACUUUAGAUUUCACUUUUUAGAAAUUAA